AAGGGGGGAGCUGCUUCCGGGUGAGCCGCCCCGCCCCCACGUGGGCCCCGGGAGACUAGAACGCGCUACGGCGGUGGCGGGAGCGGCAGCUGGGAGCCCUUGAGGAAGCAGAGCUGAGCGCACAGCCGAUGCCCCGGGAGUCCACACUGCCCACCAUGCAGCCCCAGUCGGUUCUGCACAGUGGCUACUUCCACCCACUGCUUCGCACCUGGCAGGCAGCCGCCUCUCCCCUCAGCGCCUCCAACCUCAUCUAUCCCAUCUUUGUCACGGACGUUCCUGAUGACGUACAGCCCAUCGACAGCCUCCCAGGAGUAGCCAGGUAUGGUGUGAACCGGCUGGAAGAGAUGCUGAAGCCCCUGGUGGAAGAGGGUCUGCGCUGUGUCCUGGUCUUUGGAGUCCCCAGCAGAGUCCCCAAGGAUGAGCGGGGUUCUGCAGCUGAUUCCGAGGACUCCCCAGCUGUUGAGGCCAUCCGCCUGUUGCGCAAGACCUUCCCCAGCCUCCUGGUGGCCUGUGACGUCUGCUUGUGCCCCUACACCUCUCAUGGUCACUGUGGGCUCCUGAGCAAGAAUGGGGCAUUCCAGGCUGAGGAGAGCCGCCAGCGGCUGGCGGAAGUGGCACUGGCCUAUGCCAAGGCAGGAUGUCAGGUGGUAGCCCCAUCGGACAUGAUGGACGGACGUGUGGAAGCCAUCAAGGAGGCUCUGAUGGCCCAUGGACUUGGCAACAGGGUAUCAGUGAUGAGCUAUAGUGCCAAAUUUGCGUCCUGUUUCUACGGACCUUUCCGGGAUGCGGCUCAGUCCAGCCCAGCCUUUGGAGACCGCCGCUGCUACCAGCUGCCACCGGGAGCCCGAGGCCUGGCCCUCCGAGCAGUGGCCCGGGACGUACGGGAAGGAGCCGAUGUGCUCAUGGUGAAGCCGGGCAUGCCCUACCUGGACAUCGUGCGGGAGGUGAAGGACAAGCACCCUGAGCUCCCACUUGCCGUGUACCAUGUUUCUGGAGAGUUCGCCAUGCUGUGGCAUGGAGCCCGGGCCGGGGCGUUUGAUCUCAAGGCUGCUGUCCUGGAGGCCAUGACCGCCUUCCGCCGCGCAGGUGCUGACAUCAUCAUCACCUACUACACGCCUCAGCUGUUGCAGUGGCUGAAGGAGGAGUGAUGGCGACCACGUACAAGAGUAAUAGCUAGAACUUUUAAAAGGUCCCGGGGCCUUGGAGAAGUGAAAACCAAAGUAAAUGCUGCUUUAGAACUGUG